AUGGACACUUCCAAGCCACAAUCUCUAAAAGAAUAUCUCCAACACCACCAAGAGCCUUUUUCAUUGCAAAGUUACCUUGUCGAAAGAAGUUACAUGUUCAAGAACUUCAGCUCUGACAGUAGCAACAUUCACCACCUUUAUUCGGCCAAGAAUCUGAAGUGGUCGAUCAAAUAUGAUUUACACAACUUAAAGAAACGGCUAUUACAUGCUACGGGGAUACUACGAUCACUACUAUACAAGUUCACUCCCACAGAAAACAACCAGGAGUUCUCAAACUGGGAUGAAGAGCGCAACACUGAUCUGUAUUAUGUGCAUGAAUAUUUAACAGCACACACUCAGGCAACGAAACAAACAAGUUCAUUGAAAACAUUGGAUUUGUCUCAUCAUUUUGCUAACAAUGAUUAUACUCGGGACAAGGUUUUGCCGGCGAAUAUGUUUCAGACAUUCACACUCUCCAAAUUGACAAGAUCAGAGGUUGAUACAGGAACCAAACCAUACUGGAUAAGCUCCAAAGAGAACAGGCAGCAGUAUAGCAGAGGACCAGAAUGGAAAGCACCAUUACCCAGUGCAGAUGACAAGGUAAGAGCCGUUCCAACUUUGUCCCAGAAACUUGUUAGAGACUAUGUAAGAAAGCUAGUGGUGAGCACAAAUAUCUUGAAAUUUAGACGUGCAAAAAGAGACAAACUGCAGGAGAUGGUUGAGACGGCUUCUUUGUGCGGAAGCAACAGAAGGAGCCUGACAAAGAGGAAGCGGCUACGGUUUGACUAUGUACAGAAAGACAAAGGGUUUCACAAAAAUGAAGGUAAAAGUGUAACAAGCAAAGCAGUUUCAGAACGUGAAGAGUUUCAGACUAUCAUACAUGAGCAUUUUAACUUAUUGGAGAAACAAUAUAGAGAAGUUAAAAAUAUGAGCCACCUGUUGUAUGCAGAAUCCUGUGUGUUAUCAGAAGAGUGGAAAAGCUUCCAAAUCGUAAAUUUGGAGAUAUACAUGGAGAUCGGAGAUUCGAUCACGAAUGACAUUAUGGAAGGGGGAAAACAACAAAAGGAGGCACCAGGUGGCAGCAUAAGAACCAGGAAGUUAUCUGUAAUCCAUGAAUAA